AUGGCUGGUCCCUUGAGGUGGGCAGCGGCGUUCAUACAGAAACACAAGACGGGCCUCCUGCUGUCUUCCUGCGCAGGCCUCUUUGGGUCCCAGGUUUCAUACCACCUCUUUCCAGAUCCCGUGGUCCAAUGGCUGUUCCAGUACUGGCCUCAGGGCCAGCCUGCCCCCCUCUCCCUGGAGCUGCAUAGCCUCUUCCAAGAGGUGCUACAGGACAUGGGCAUCCCCUCCAACCAUCGCUACAAGGCCUUCACAACCUUCACCUUCCAGCCUCUGAGUGCUGGCUUCCCACGCCUCCCAUCUGGAGCUGUGGUGGACAUCCCAGCCAGCUUCCUUGAUAGAACAGUGUCCACCAUUGACCAGCCUCUGGUGAUCCAUGGGCAGGAAGUGAACUGGCAGAGCCCACCAGGUGCCCAGCUGAGAGAGGCCCUAACCCUGUCACAUGAUGCCCAGAAAUUUGCCUUGGCCAGGGAGGUAAUGUACUUGGAGAGCAAUGCAGCUGCCCUCCAGGCCCUGCCAACCCCAGCUUGCCUGGCAGGGACCUGGGUGCUCAGUGUGAGUGCUAAACAGGCACUGGGACUUUAUGGAGGACCAAUGACCUUACGGGCUGCUUUCAACUUGGUAGCAGCAGUGGUGGGCAUUGUGGCCGAUGCCUUAUCCACAGACUCAGUGACUCAUGCCCUGGAAGGCUGGCUGGACUACCACUCAGCCUCCCUGUCUACAGCCUAUGCACAAGGGGGAGUGGAGUUCUAUGAAAAGGUUCUUUCUGGUAACCUGGCUCUCCGUAGCCUCCUGGGCAAAUGGGAGAAGCUGUAUUCACCCAGUGGGAAUAUCAUUCCCAGACACUGGUUCCGCAUCAAACAUGUUCCUUACACUGCCCGCCGGGACUCUGUGCUGCUGGUGUGGAGAGAGCUCAAAUCAGGCCACUCCUAA